UAUAAACGUGCUUCCAUGCUUCUCAAAUCUCUCUGUUGUGUCCCACAAAAACUGCAAAAACCAGAUUCAUAAAAACUGGUUCAUUUCACGUUCUCCUCCCAAUACUGUUUCCACAAGAUAAAGCCACCUAAUUCGAAAACCCCAUCAUCAUGCUUCUCGUUUUCUUUCACACUCUCUUUCACCAAGUCACGUCGCGGUGGCCGCUGCUGCUAUGCGCGGCAACGUGGACGGUCCUCUUGACGUUAACCGUGGCCGUGGCAUCGUUCGCGCCGGAGAUCGCUUUUGUGUCGGCCAUAUCUCCGUCUUCCUCGUUCUCAAAAUCGUGUCAUGAGGACGGGUUCGUGAGGAUUCCUUUGGAUAAUCCGAUGGAGGUGAUGUGCUUUCCGGCUCACUUGGUUAGGAGGUCCAAGUUGGAUUUUUUCCUUCCGACAGUGUUUGCAGCUCUUGUUGUGGCUUGUUCGGCCUGCAUGGUUCGGUCUUUGGGUUUGUGGGAGAGUUAGAGAGGUUGAUGAAAAUGAUACGAAAGAGACUUACAUAGAGACGGAUCGAUGUCCUUGUUCAUUCAUUAUUAAUAUCCCGUUUCUGAGGAAUAAAAAAAAAAAAGACAUGGAACAUCAUGUUAUUUUUAUUUCUAUAUAUUCGAGCUGAUCU